AUGCUCAGGCUGAGCGAUAGCGGUGCAAGGUCCUUCAGGAUGCUGGCUUUCUUCCUGGCUGCGAUUUUGCUGAGUAGCCCAGCUCCACUGGUUUUUGGAUUGAGAACCGCGCCGGGCUCGCCAUGUGCAGAUGUCUGCGGUACAACAGCCAACACGACAUCCUCCGAGAUCGAAUGUGUGGACCAUUCGUACAAUGAAACAUCCGUAGGCAAGGAUUUCCAAAAAUGCGUCUCCUGUCAGUUGGAGAGCGAUUUCCACGAUCCAAACACUGGAGACUCUGACGUCAACUGGGGACUCUAUAAUCUGCGCUACGCUUUUUCGACCUGUGUCUUCGGAUAUCCGGAUUCGAUCUCGCAUGUCUCGUCGCCAUGUCCAGUCACAUGCGAAGGCGUGCGCUUAGCGGUCAAAACCAAUAUCGAUGAGCCAGACACGUCCAAUCUGGACUCAUGGUGUAGGACUCCGUCAUUUGCAGAUAAUGUGGUUGAUGCCUGCGAGUUCUGCUACAACAUGACAACCACUCAGGUCUACAUGGCAAACUUCCUCGAAUCCAUCCGGUACAACUGCCACUUCAAGACAGUAACGGGCCACACCUUCAAAAUAGCCCCAACAAGAAUUUUCAGCCAAUCUCUUCUCCCAUCAAGUCUUUCACUCGAAACAUCGAAGCCAAAAUCCUCAAACCUGAAUCUAGGCGUGGUGAUUGCCGUGCCAAUUGUAGGAUUCCUUGUUAUUGUCUCAGCACUCACAGUAUGCUGUUUCUUCUUCAUCCGCCACCGACGCAAGAAGGUCCGUCGAAACCGCCAUUCAAGCCAUCUAUAUGGUGGCUGGAGCGAUGGCUCCCCCAUCAGCCCGCAGCAGCGGCAACAAGCCUGGGCCGAGCAGCAGAUGUACAGCUCCGGUGCCUACGGGCACGGUGCAGGCUUCGGCUUUGUUGAUAAUGAUGGUCGCGGGCAGGAGCUCGCCUAUAGCCAAGGUCUAGACCAGCAGUAUCAGAGUCAGCAGUACCAACAGCACUUCCAACAAGGAAAGGCAGGUUUCUCGCAGGAUGUCAGUGAACAGCCUGCUCAGCCAUAUCAGCAGCAGCAUGCUCAAGUUCCCGUUCACUCUCCCAUCUUGGAUCCGGAUCAAAAGCAGCAGUGGCAGUGA